AUGGUGCCUACCAUUUUGCUCAGUGCCCUUCUGCUUCAUCUCGCUGAUGCUGUGGCUUCAGAACCGCGAUACAUCCUGUGGGUCUCUUCUGUGGUACAGCGCUUUUCCCCAGAAAAAGCCUGCCUUCAUCUUUUGAACCUCAACGAGUCUGUGUCCUUGAGCGUCACCCUGGAAUAUGAUGGAUCCACUACUACUAUUUUUGACCAGUCCGUGGAAGCGGGGAACUUCUACGCUUGCACAAAUUUCAAAGUGUCUCAGACAUCCUCGGAGCAGUUGGCCUUUGUGACAUUACUUGCUGAGGGAAACACUCUUAAAAUCUCGGAAAGGAGAGCUGUAGCAAUCGCUGCUGAGGAGAAUGCAACUUUUGUGCAGACAGACACACCCAUCUACAAACCUGGAGACACCGUUCACUUUCGCAUUGUGACACUGAACACCUGGCUCAAACCUGUUGACGACGUGUACCCUUCAAUCACCCUUCAGGAUCCCGAAAACAAUGUGAUUUUUCAAUGGAAAAACGUGACCACUCUCAGAAACAUCACCCAGCUCUCUUUCCAUCUGAGUCCAGAGCCAAUGUUUGGGGAUUACACAAUCGUCAUAAGAAAGCAAUCAGGAAUGACAGUGGUGCAUCAAUUCACCGUUAAUCAAGAUGUACUGCCCAAAUUUGAAGUUGAGGUCAGUGCGCCAGGGACAAUAACUAUUGCGGACGAUCAAUUUCAAGUGGCUGCAUGUGCAAAGUACACCUAUGGCCAGUCUGUGCAGGGAAAAGCCCAGAUCCGGGUGUGCAGAGAAUUUUCCUCCUCUGGUUACUGUGAGAGUGAUAAUAAGGAAAUAUGUGAGCAGUUCACUGCACAGCUGAAAGAUGGCUGUAUUUCUCAAAUUGUCAAUACAAAAGUCUUCCAACUAUACCGCUCUGGAUUUUUCAUGACAUUUAAUGUUAAUGUAAUGGUUACAGAACUUGGAACAGGUGUGCAGAUCAGUAAAACACACCCUGUUUUUAUUACGUCAGUGCUUGGCAGCGUGAGCUUUGAGAACAUGGACUUUUUCUACAGGAGAGGGAUCACUUAUUUUGGAACCCUUAGAUUUUCUGGUCCUGAUAAUACACCGAUGGUGAGCAAGCUUUUGCAACUGGAGCUCAAUGACAAAUUUCUAGGAAAUUAUACCACAGAUGGGAACGGGGAAGCUCGAUUUUCCAUUAACACUUCAGAGAUAUUCGAUGCACAGAUCAACCUAAAAGCCGCAUAUGUCCGACCUAGAACCUGCCAUCAUCCCAGCUGGUUGGACCCUGAGUAUUUGGACGGCUACUUCUCGGCCUCCCGCUUUUACUCCCAAACCAACAGCUUCCUGAAGAUUGUUGCUGAGUCAAAGCAGCUCCCGUGUAAUCAAGAGAAGAUGGUUUCAGUACUUUACUCCCUAAACCCUGAGGCCUACAAGGAUGACUCAGGUGUAAACUUCUUCUAUUUGGUGAUGGCAAGAGGAAGGAUCUUCCUCAGUGGACAGAAAGAAGUCAGAAGCCAAGCCUGGAGUGGAAACUUCUCUUUCCCAAUCAGCAUCAGUGCUGAUCUGGCACCAGAGGCUGUCCUCUUCGUCUACACCCUCCACCCCGGUGGGGAAAUCGUUGCGGACAGUGUCAGACUCCAGAUUGACAAGUGCUUUAAAAACAAGGUUAGCAUAAAAUUCUCAAAGGAGCAGGACCUGCCCGGCUCCACCACCCGUCUACGUCUUCAAGCAGCCCCUGACUCCUUCUGUGCCCUGCGAGCAGUGGACAAAGGUGUCCUUCUACUGAAACCUGAACAAGAAUUGUCACCUGAAAUUGUAUACAACCUGCUCCCAAAUAUCUAUCAAUAUGGUUACUUCUACCACGGUCUCAACCUGGAUGAUGAUAAAGUAGAUCCAUGCAUCCCUCAGAAGGAUUUGUUCCACAAUGGACUGUAUUAUACACCUGCAAGCAAUGUUUGGGAUGGAGACACUGCUAAUCUUCUCAGGGACAUAGGUCUGAAAAUCUUUACUAAUUUCCAUUACCGGAAACCGGAAGUGUGUUCACCCCAGGAAAACCUGCACUUGCUGGGGACAUUUGAUGACCCAAGAGAACCGGUGAUGAUGUAUGGCGGAGGCGCUCUGGCUGCUUCUGCCUCUCGUGAUACCGUAGACAGCAUCAACCAUGCAGAACUGGCCAUCAAAGAGACAGUCAGGACACACUUCCCCGAGACCUGGAUAUGGGACCUCGUCAGUGUAGAUUCCUCAGGUUCAGCAAACGUCUCAUUCCUUGUCCCCGAUACUAUAACCCAAUGGGAGGCCAGCGCCUUCUGUGUGAACGGUGACGCUGGGUUUGGCAUUUCACCCAAAGCAUAUCUACAGAUCUCCCGGCCCUUCUUCGUUGAAAUCGCCUCACCCUUUUCUGUCGUUCGAAAUGAACAGAGUGACGUGGUAGUCACUGUCUUCAGCUACCUGACCACGUGUGUAGAGAUUUCUGUUCGGCUAGAAUCAUCUGAGGAUUAUGAAGCAAAUAGCAACACCCUGAGUACCAAUGGCAGUGAUGUUCUCCAGGCUGGAGAACAGAAAACGUAUGUCUGGACCAUUAUACCAAAAACACUGGGCAAAGUGAAUAUUACCGUAGUGGCUACGUCCAAACAAAGCAGUGGCUGCCCAAACGAUGCCAGUAAGCAGCAAGAUGUCAACUGGAAAGACACCGUGGUCAAAGGCUUACUGGUAGAGCCUGAAGGUAUUGAAAAAGAAACAAGCCAGAGUUUCCUUAUCUGCACAAAAGGUACCAAAGCCUCAAAGCAAAUACUUCUGGAAUUGCCAAGUGAUGUAGUGGAAGGGUCAGCCAGAUCCUUUGUCACGGUUGUAGGAGACAUUCUCGGAGUCGCAAUGCAGAAUCUAGACAGCCUUCUCCAUACGCCCUAUGGGUGUGGCGAGCAGAACAUUGCUCAACUAGCGUCUGACACUUACAUACUCGACUACCUGAACGCUACCCAACAGCUGACAGAAGAAGUCAAAUCCAAGGCUCUACUGCUCUUAACUAAUGGUUACCAGAAGCACUUGUCUUUCAAAAACUAUGAUGGUUCAUACAGCAUGUUCUGCCAGAGCAAUCAGAAAGGAAGCACAUGGCUUAGUGCCCUUACUUUCAAGACAUUUGAGAGAAUGAAGGAAUAUAUUUUCAUUGAAGAGUCGGUCCCCAAACAGACCUUAAUCUGGCUUUCAAGCAAACAGAGAGCAAACGGAUGCUUUAGAAGGGACGAUGAGGACGAGCCUGUCGACAGUGCUGGGAAGGGCAGUGAUGAAGAGGAUGUUGUGCUCACUGCAUAUGUCGUCGGGGCGUUCCUUGAAGUUGGAUUCGAUUCCAGUUUUCCCGCCCUCCGCAAUGGUCUCUAUUGUCUGGAGGAGGCAUUUUCAAAUGGUGUCACCAACAGCAACAGCGACACACAAGCUAUUCUGGCUCACGUGUUUGCACUGGCUGGAAAAGAGCAGCAAGUGAAAUCCUUACUCCAGAGCCUGGAUCAAUCUGCCACAAAAAUCAAUAAUAUGAUACAUUGGGAGAAAGAAGAGAAACACGAAACAGAAGGCUCUCCAUCGUUCAUUCCUUCGGCACUUUCUGGUGAGACAGAGAAGACGUGCUAUGUGCUGUUGGCUGUCGUUUCUCAGGUCGCUCAGGACCUUGAUUAUGCUAGUAAGAUUGUUCAGUGGCUCGCCCAGCAGAUGAACUCCCACGGAGGCUUUUCUGCCAUACAGGACACCACGGUGUGCCUUCUCGCCCUAACCAGAUACAUGAAGUUAACUGGCUCUAACUCACAAAACACCGUCACCGUGAACACUGAAGAAUCUGAGGAGGUUUUCACUGUCGACAAUGAUAACCGCCUUGUGGUACAGCGCUCAAAAUUAUCCAAAGGGCACGGACAGUACACGGUGGCUGUAGAAGGAGAAGGCUGUGCGUUUAUCCAGGCCACCCUCAGGUACAAUGUGCCACUUCCUAAGAAGGCAUCAGGAUUUUCCCUUUCCUUAAAAAUGGGGGAAAGCAACUCUUCAGAUGUAAUCCAGACUAAGUUUGACCUCACAGUGACCCUCGAGUAUACGGGAACUCAUGAAAGCUCCGAUAUGGUCCUUGUGGAUGUGAAGAUGCUCUCUGGGUUUACUCCUGUCCUAUCAUCCAUCCAAGAGCUUAAACACAACGGCCAAGUAACGAAGACAGACAUAAAGAAAGGCCACGUUCUUCUCUACUUAAAAGAUGUUCCCAGGGCACCAACCAGUGUCACCUUCUCUGUCGAGCAAACCAACAUUGUGUCCAACAUCCAGCCAGCCCCAGUCACGGUCCAAAGUUAUAAGAAAGAUGAAUAUGCCCUUGAUUCUUACAGCAUCGAUAACAUUUCGGAUUCCCAAUAA